UGAAAUGGAAUCACUUUUUUUGUUAUCACGCAGGACUCUUCAGUUUACAGAAUUGAGUCUCUACAGGUGGUUGUUUGAAACCCUGCGCAGAAAGAAAUAGGCUUACAGACUGAAGGGUUUUUUAAUUAUUAUUUUUUUACAGCUCAAACAAUUCCUUAAACAUUUUAUCGUUGAGUUUUCUCUCGCUUGAUUAUUUAUGUAGCCUAAUGAUCGCUUCACACACACCGACUCGUAAUUUAUUCCCCGUUGUUCGAAUCGGGUGUCUUCUAAUUAGUUGAUUUGGAACACUUUGUGCAUUCGGUUUCCACUUGUCAUUCUAGAACGGGAAAACCACCCGGGCAGAAGUCGACAGGUAAGGUGACAAAGGCUGUGACUGUUUACUUCGUUUUUUUAAAUACAUUUUUAACUUGAUUUAUUUUGAACUGAGACACUUAACAAGUUCCGGACAACUAUGUAUAACAUGAUGGAACACGAGUUGAAGCCCUCUGGGCAACAGCAGUCGCACCAAACCGCCAUGUCUCCGGUCACCGGCAACUCUCACCCGGGGUCCAAAUCCCUGUGUCCUCCGGGCGGGGACCCCAUGGACAAGGUCAAAAGACCCAUGAAUGCCUUCAUGGUCUGGUCUAGGGGCCAGCGCCGCAAGAUGGCCCAGGAGAACCCCAAGAUGCACAACUCUGAGAUCAGCAAGCGGCUGGGCGCCGAGUGGAAGCUACUGACUGAUGCUGAGAAGCGGCCAUUCAUUGACGAAGCAAAGCGCCUCAGGGCGGUGCACAUGAAGGAUUACCCCGAUUACAAGUACAAACCACGCCGUAAAUCCAAGCCCCUGCUCAAGAAGGACAACCAGAUGGGAAAGUACCCUCUCUCUGCCGGGAACCUGCUGGCUGCGGCCGCAGCGCAGGGCCAAGGUGGGAGCCCCAGGAUGGAGAGUUACGGGUGGGGCCCGGCGGGAGGUUACGCCGGGAUGCAGAGCGAGGCCCUGGGCUACACUCAGCAGCUGCACCGCUACGACCUGUCCGCGCUCCAGUACCCCCAGGCCAUGACCGCAGCACAGACCUAUAUGAACGGCGCCAACACUUACAGCCCCAUGUCUUACAGCAGCAGCCACCAGCAGCCCAACCCAGUCAUGUCCAUGGUGAAGCCAGAGCCAGUGUCACACUCCCCGACUGGUGGACCUAACCACCACCGCGGGCCUCUCCAGGGGGACCUGAGGGAUAUGAUCAGUAUGUACAUCCCCGGGGGGGACACCAAUGACCCUGUCUCCCAGAGAGGAGGAUACAGCGUCCAGCAACACUAUCUCAGUGGGACUGUGCCUCUCACUCAUAUCUAGGGAUUGGUGGGGAUAGUGACUGGGACUCAAUGUGAGUGUGCUGGCUUGGAGAGGCACAAGGACACCAGUUAUGUCACAUGCUGGGCACAACAUUGUCAGACCCACUCAUUAUGGUCCCGUGUUGCGUUAUAAAAAACAGUGACUUUAUAUAAAAAGGUUAUUUUUCUACCUCUGCAUUUUGACUACAAUAAUGAGCCCCCCCUCGUCCAUCCCGUCCUCUGUCCCAAGACUAGGUUGUUUCGUUCAGUCGCCCAUCCACUUCUAGGACGGAGACCCUUCUCGAUUAACUUCUCAUUAUGACGGGCUGCUGUACUGUACAUAGACUUUAUGAUGAUUAAAUGUUUGUUUGUGUACAUAUAUAUUUUUCCCCCUCUUUGACAAAAACUGAGCUUGACAUCACAAGCUUCCAUUCAAAAACGCCCAGGCCCCUAUGUAUGUCACAAAGCACGUGACUGUAGUAUGUUCACAAUUGUUCCAUUGUGUUCUGUCUCCUGUUAUUGUCCUACUGGCACAGUAGUGUCGGCCCCUCGGGUUGAUCGGUAAUCAUAAUGAACUAAACCAACUGGGAGGGAGACACGGGUUGUGUCCCAAAUGGCACCCUAUUUCCCCAUAUAGUGGUCUACUUUUGACCUGGGCCCUGCAUGGUCAAAAGUAGUGCACUAUAAACGGAAUAGGGUGCCAUUUGGGAUGCAGCAACAGAGGGGCCCCACCACGGGAACGCAACACUGGGAACUGGGUCAGUCAAUCACUAUCCUCCUAAGGCCAGUGACAUACAAAUCACAUGACCCACAACAAGGAUUCUGAGGAUUGCGAUUCCUGAACUGGUUUUGUUUGUGUGGCCCAAUGGGGCCUAUCUCAGAACGGAACAUCACAAAUCAACUAACCGCUUGCUAGUGCAGUGAAAUGGGGGAGACCAAGGGAGAAAUGCACAGAGUAACUUGAAUGAAGUGACUUAUUUUUUGAAUAUACAAUUAUGGCCACUUGGUGCCUUCUACUGCUUUGUGAGUAAGCGUGCUUGUUUUUAAAGCCAAUCCAAUUUCAUAGGAUGACAUGGUAUAGUCUGUUGGACAAUCUUAUGAGUUCAUUGGAUCCAAUGGAAACAAGUAUGUGAGAUGAACGGGUGUGUUUAGUAGUACUGUAUGCCCAAACGCCAUACCAAUACAUUUUGGUUUGUCUUCAACUUUCUUUUCUAAGUUGAAGGAAAAUCCACUCCAAUUUUUUUUUUUUUUUUUCAUUAGUCCAAUGUUGAUACAGUCCCCAAAUGUUUUGCAUGUCAGCAGUCAAGUUUUCAAGAUAUAUGAUUUUCAAGAAGAAGAGUCACUUGCCACAUGAUGUAUUUUGUAUCAUGUAGCAAGUGACACUUUGCUUCUAGAAAAUCAUAUAUCUUAAACUUGACAGCUGAUAUGCA